AUGAUUGCGUACUUAGUGGCUACACUGCCCUGGACGCUCGGCUGUCUUGCCCUAAGCCCUCCAAAUCCUCGGGCUCUCAAGUACCGAAGGAUGUUUGCUGGCCUGUUCUUUGCUACUCUUGUACCUCUGGUCUACUUCUUUAUCCAGCAUAAAGUGCACAAAAUCCCCGGAGCAUAUACAACUUACGCCUUUUUCGAAUGGGCCCUGAUUCUAUUCGACGUUGCUUUUGAUGCAGUUACUGCUCUUGAUUUUGAAGGUUUCGAGAUUACAGUGAAAGACAUAAAAGGGAUUAGCAGAGGGUACGUCAGGCGGCUUCCAAAGUAG